AUGUGGGGAAAAUUGCUUUACAAGACUUACGGUUUGAAUACCGCCCUGCGUUUGCUGCACUUGGUAAGGCUACGCAAAAUCAACUGGCGCAAAUUGUAUCGGAUGGAGAUGACAACCGACCAGUACCUGGACGAGAGACCUGGAAACUUCCUUCAGGGUAUUACAAAUACCAUCCUGAGCAAACGUGUCCUCUUCUACUAUCCCCUUCCUUGUGAAUGGAAUGUUCAAGCCCAGAAGAGCGAGGGUCUGAAAUCGUGUCCGGUGUAUUGGAUAGAACGGACCGCGUCCCUUAACAACUGCAAUUCAAAUGCCACUAAGAAGCGAAACAGAAAGGACCUCAAGCUGGCUCUAGUGCUGCAAUACCGCAGGCAGAAGAAAACCAAUUUUACCAUCAUAGAUGCGCUAGAUGAUGCUGAUGACGAGCAAGCAUCAGUUGAAAGAAAAGAUAGACAGAUGAAGAAGAAUCAUAACGGACAAGUUACUCACAAAUCCAAAGGCCCGCUGGCAGCCAUAACUCGUUCGAAACGGUUAAACUCGUCAACCUGUAUCCGUGAAAUAAAACAUGGUAUCGAUCUCUUUGUCGUACCGUAA